AUGGAUAAUCAGCAGAAGAGGAAUCUAACUUUUCUCACCAUCGGACUGAUAUUUAUGCUGAGCGGCAUUGAGUACGCCGUCAUUCUGCCGACAAUAUGGAGGUAUCUGCAGAUUUUGGAGGCCCCCCCCUACUUCCUGGGCCUGGGUCUGUCUGCCUUCAGUCUGAGCAGCCUGCUCACCGGCCCGCUUUUCGGAUUGUGGUCCGACCGCAGCAAGACUACAAAGACCAUCAUCCUCUUCUCAAAUCUAUUUGAGAUCGUCGGUAACUUCAUGUAUUUUCUUGGAUACUCAAAAUGGCUGUUGUUAGGCAGUCGGCUUGUAGCAGGUGUUGGUGCGGGAGCGGGCUCCUCCAUCUUCAGUUUCCUGACUCGGAGCACGCGGCCGGACGAGCGCGCCGGCAUCUUUGCCGCCAUCAUGGCAUGCCGACAAGCCGGCCUGCUUGUGGGGCCGGCGUUCAACCUGUUCCUGCGGCUGUGUGAUUUCAAACUGGGGCCCUUCGUUGUGAACAAAUAUACAUCUCCUGGGAUCUUCAUGUGUCUGUUGUGGGUGCUGCUUCAGUUUGUGGUCCUGGCUAUGUACUGGGAUGUACCGCCCCUCAGCUCAGAGGGGGACACAGUGAUGCUGGAGAUAAAACGAGAGGAGAAUGAUGAGGAGGAGGUGCCGCUAAUGGGCUCCGACGAUGAGCCGGUCCACACCUACAGAGCUGUCAACUCCGACCAAUCCGAUGCCUCUGCCUCUUCUGACAUGCAGCCCGUCCACGGCCCCUUGUCGGCCCCCAGCCCCUUCAAGAACUUCAGCGCCAGCAGAGAGUUCCUGAGAGAGGAGGUGGUUGUUCUCCUCACGGCUCAGUUCAUCACUCUCUUCAAUCAGACAGCGCUGGAGACCAUGGUGACUCCUCUGACGCAGCGCCACUUCAGCUUCGGCGAGCUGGGCAACAGCCUGAUGUACGGCCUGUGCGGGGUGGAGGUCAUCCUGGGCUUCUUCUUUGUGCGCUGGCUGAGCCGUAGGGUGGAGGACCGCGCCGUGCUGGGCCUGGGUCUCAUCAUCUGCUGCACCGCCUGCAUCUGGUGCCUCGUCUUCCUCUGCGACCCCCGAGGUGGAUAUGAGUGGGAGCUGACGGCCUUCAUCAUCGGGGUCUUCCUCCAGCUGCUGGGGCUUCCCUUCGUGGCCGUGUCUCAGGUGUCGCUCUUCUCCAAAGUCACCGCAGAGAAAACACAAGGAUUCAGCCAAGGUGUGAGGCGCUCAGUGGGGGGCCUAGCCACCAUCCUGGGGCCUCUGUGGGCAGGGGGGCUGACCAACAAUUUGUACGUAAUGCUGGGCAUGAUGCUAGCUCUCCUCAUCAUGAUCACAGUAAUGACAGUGCUGUCCUACGACCGGCUGACUGAGCCCAGGGCGGUGCAGAGCGCCCAGAGCUGUGACAGCGGAGGAUAG